GACCCUCUCGCAAAGCUCAUUCCGCGAAGACCAGUACACCGAGAUGUUCAGAGCAACACUGUCUUCGCCGCCGCCCAGAGACUUAUUCACGCUUGUCUGAGGCCGGACAACCCCAGUGAGGGUCACGCGCUGUGCCGCUACUCCAGGGACACUGUCCUUCCCACUCGAGUCUUGGAUGUCGGGGAUCCUAACGAUCCUAAUUCUUCCGCGCGACUGAAGAUUAAUGAAUUUGAAACUCAUGGCUCUUACUUGGCUUUGAGCUAUUGCUGGGGGAAGCGAGACCCGGAAGCGAAUCCUGAGCCCCUUUUGCUACGGACAAAUAGUUUGCACGAUCUGAGGCGCCAUAUCCGACCCAGCACCCUGCAAAAGUCUAUCCAAGAUGCUAUAUUCGUCACUCGGAAGCUUGGCUUCAGAUACCUCUGGGUCGAUGCGCUGUGCAUUAUUCAAGAUGACGAAGACGACAAGGACAACGAGAUCUCACAUAUGGCCACCAUCUACAAGAAUGCUGCCAUUACUCUGGCAGCUGGCACCGCAGAAAGGGCAGCUGAAGGAUUCCUCGGCAACAUUCCGUCGAGACCAAAUGUCUAUCUUCCAGAGGACAAAUUCGCUAUCCCUAUGGAGAACAGUACCGAGUUCGGCACAGUAUACCUCUCGGCGGACCCCUAUGAGCCUAAUCACCCUCUGGACAAACGUGGUUGGACGCUUCAGGAAUUCAUGCUCUCCUCUCGUAUGCUCAUCUUUUCCGACUAUCAACUCCUCUGGCAGUGCAAAGAGGUUGAGUUACGGAGUGUGACGGGCGACAGCCGGGGUAUGGAGUAUCAGCAACCUCUUGAAUCACUUCCUUGGACAAUUUUCGAUGAGGAAGCCGAACCCCGGUUUGGGACAUCUGCUAGCGAGAAGCUCUACAUCUGGAAGACCAUCAUUCUCCAGUACACAGAAAGGGAAUUGUCAGACCCGAAUGAUCGGCUACGGGCUGUAUCUGGCAUCACCACAGAGCUCGAAAAGCUUUGGCGAGAUUCGAACUUCUGGGGCUUGUGGCGACAAUGGUUCCUAUCACUGCUUGUAUGGUACAAGGAUGACAUAGACAGAGUGGACGAAAGGCAUCUCGACCGAGCCCCCAGCUGGUCCUGGGCCUCACUAGACGGCAGAAUCAAGUACAAAGAUCCGGUAGAGGUUGCGGAUGCCGAGAUAAUGACAUUGACAAAGGAAAGCGUGGUACUAUCUUGCCGCAUACUCAACGUGGAUAACGAUGACGAA